GUAUAAAUGGGCGCUGCGCUCCGAGCCCUACAUCAAUACCUUCAACAGUCUUUCUACUUGCCUGCUGGUCGGGACCUACAAGGAAUAUAUCACCAAGGAGGGAAUCAUUUUGAGUGCUUGCAUUUAUUUUAGAAGUUCAGGAACCAAGAAAAAUGAUGAAGACAAUCGUAGUAGUGGUUGCCGUGUUGGCCCUGUGCAUCAUUGUUUCCGAAGCCAGACCACCAAAGGGACCUGGCAGUGGUGAAUCACGGAAGGGAGGUGAUAGAAAACAUGGGGACAGGCCCUUAAAACACGGGGUGAAGUUCUGCAAAGCCCUCGUCAACGGAAACAUCACCAACGAUAACCAAACAUUUGACAACGUUUUCUCAGUUGUGAACACCACGUGUGUCGAAUUGCUGGAAUACCUGGCACAGAAUUACAGCGCACCGGAAAAUACCACUGAGCGUACCAAACGCAGGGCUAAAUCUGGACGUAAAGGUCCCCGUGGAAAAAAGAACAGCUCUGACAGUGAUGAGAGCGAGUCGAUUGAGAGUGCCGAGAGCGAGUCGAUUGAGGGUGCCGAGAGCGAGUCAAGUGGGAGUGAGGGCAGCCAGUCACGCGAGGGACGCCAGGGCGAUGGUGAGAGCGAGGAACAGACGUCGAUAGAAAAUCUGCUGCACUUCUGUGGUGGAGUUGGGAAAUCCGUGCCCACGGGAACGUCUCCAGACCUUGAAGUUAUUUUGGACAAAUUCGUGCCACCAUGCACAACCGCGUGCGUACUUGCUGAGGGCGUUGAUUGUGCCGAUGAGGAGGCCUAAACUGAGACUGUCCAGAACUUAAAUGUGCAAUGUGUUAGCGUAUUAAAGGGAUACUCCGUCAGUUAAUAAACAAUUUGUCAAAUAAUCCAGAAUAGUUUCAUACGGGUUUCAAAACGAAGUUCCGUCGAAUUCAGUCGAUAAUUAAUUAUAAUUUUCCUUAACGACAUUGUAUACGCACGUCUUAAAUACACAACAUAUGGGGACGAACCAACGGAGUGUUCUUUUAAUGUGACUGACUUGUGUAGCCUUAGUGACCAUACUGCGUGAUUUUCAUGUCUAGUUAUUUGUUCUAACUAUGCACGUAAAAGGGCAUUAUUAAUACAAUAAACCGACACAACGCCUGUUUAUACCCAUGGGCUGUUUUCAAAAUUGGUAUUAAUUUCGUCUAAAAUUGAUGUAGCGUAUCGGAUUGCUUGAUUUAAAUGACCAAUCAAUAGUGUGAAUGAAGUCUUAUUACCAUAAGAUUGAUUUCAGCUGCAUAUUGAAUAUUGCCCAGGAGUUCUACUUUAUAAAUGUAUAUAAAACACUUAGUUCAUUUUCAUGUGUCUUAAACUUAAAGAACAAAGUCUUUAUAUCUUAAAGAAGACCAGAUAAUGGCAUUAUAACAUACCUUUCCUUACAGUUAUUGGGCCCGGAAUACCAGGAAAGGCAGCCUUAAGUACUUAAAUUUAUCAUUAAAACAGUGACAGUGAUCAGUACCGGAUCAACACUAUAAUCGUCCAAUUUUUAUUUCAAUAUCAGAGAGAAUAGUAAAAAGUACGUUCAAAUUUCACCGUAUUUUACAAGAAGUUUUUAUUAAUUUUCUCGGUGAAGAACCCCCAAUUCACCCUGCCAACAUUUUGAAAUUAUUAAAUUUCGAUUCUGAGGUAGGGGCACAUGUUAAAAGGUUGUUAAGUUACAUCCCUUCUAACGUCAUUUCAUGGGUCCACUCCUGUUGAUAUAUAAAUUAUAUGUUUAUAUAUAUUGAUGUUGAAGAUAUUUUACUACUCGAUCUUUGUUUAAAUUUCGUGAUAUAUUCUUCAUGUAAAUUGCAUAAAAAGCAUGAACUUAUCACAACAAAAAUAUAAUAUCUGUUAAAUCCAUAUAAAGAUUAUAGAUGCGGGACAUCUAUCAUUCAUGUUAUAAAACAGUAUUACGUGAAAUACUCAUGAAUUGUUUAAAUGUGAAAUUGUUAUUCCUUUCUGACUGCUCAUUACAUUUUUGUAUCAGUAUUGAAAUAAAAAGAGAGAAGAAAAAAAUC